GAAAUCCACCUGCCUCUGCCUCCCGAGUGCUGGGAUUAAAGGUGCGCGCCACCACGCCGGGCCUAACUACUAAGUCUUAGUUUUUCCUCAUGACAUCAGGGUAAUAUUUACCUUCAGUUGUUUGGGGCCUUACAUGAGAACAGUAUGUGUAAAGUUCUUAGCAUAGCGCUUGGGUCAUUUACAAACACCAACUAUAAGGUAACAAAACAAUAGCGAUAGAGUUAGGGAUUUCUGUGCAUGCUGUGGCCAAGAGCAAGCCUCCUCUGCUGUUUUUCUGCAAGUUUUGAUGACUCCUCUUUUCCCUCUCCCUGAGUUUUUUUUUUUUUUUGGUCUUCGGGCACCAGCCCAAAUUCCAUCAUUCCUCCCCUGUAUUCCUCUCCCAAGAUCUGGGCCCCAGACUGAGGCUACUAGCUGUGUCCCAAUUUGACUUCCUCAUCUUAAAUCCAUUCUCCCCGACCCCCCCUCCCACCUAUUCUGUCCUGUAAUAGUAACUAGAAAGUCUGCCUCUGAGGGGGGGUCAGGGAAGGAGCAAGGUGCGGUCUCUCUCAGAACCUAGGCCUCCAAUUUACCCGCCCUAGCUCUUUGGUACCUGGCCAGCAACUGUGUACAGUCUGGUGAAGGGGAAAAGCCAAUGCGAGGAGCUUUUAAGACCCAGCUGAGGGAGGGCAAAAGCAAGUCCCGAAAAGAGAACCAGGCAUGGGGGCGGGGGAGGGGGACCCCUUCCUCCUAACCGUCUCUCCAGGAAUCUUUGGCUUUUGUACAGGACCGCUGUCGUUGGGUUGGGGGAGGCGCUACGGCUGUGUGCUUGUCCUGGGCCAUCGGCCAAAAGAACACGAUGUUCCCUAGUGCGCUGGCCGCCGCCCUCGGGGGCUGGCCGCCUCCCAAACCGCUGCCUCUCCAGCCUCCCUGCCCCACAUUCCCCGGCUGCCCCGCCCCGCCUCCUGCCUCCGCUUUGACGUCACCUCUCUCUCCCGCCCCCUCUUCUCCAUUGACGGCAGCAGAGCCUGGUUACUGUGGGGGAUUGUGAGGCCCGAUAACCUGGGCCUUGGGAUCGGGUGGAGGCUGUUUGGAGUGCUGAAAUCUUUUGUCUGUGUAAAUGACAGCUACGGAAGUGGGCGAGCAAUGGCUGUUUGGGUCAGAGGAAUCACACCUAAAUCCUUGAGAGCUGUGGAAAGAGAAAGGGGUCUGAAAAAAAAAAAGGAGAGCACUCGGUCACAACGCAGUCCGAGGUGGGGCAGGGGAGCAGCAGCGUUUUCAGGAGGAAGCUGAGCAUUCAUCCUCCCGUGUCUUUUGUUUUUUUGUGUUUUCCUGCUUCUGUUUUUCUGGGUUAUUUUAUAACACGUCUGUGUCCCAGCAUUUCUAUAGAACCCUGCCUCGCCGCCUCCUCCGAGGGAAACACCAUUGUUAAGGAAAGCUUUAGCCACGUGACAAUGAGGGGUGUGCACUUAACAGCUGAUUAUGUCAGCAGCUGCGUGGUGGCCUCUUCACUUGCCACCUACGUUUCCAGGGAAGCCUGAGAACUACUCGGCUCAGGCCUAGGAAAGGGGCCCGUGUCACUGCAGCUCUCCUGGACCCAGACUGGCAUGUUGCCCUCCCCCCCAUCAAGUCCCUAUUCUCUUUUUAUGAAUCAAUACUCUUCUUUUUAAAAUGUAAACAACGUUUACAUUUUUGUUGUUCCUCCUCUCCUCCAGAGGCUCCCUCUCCCCUACCUAUCCUUAAUAGAAAAAGAGCCGUCCUGUUUACCGAAGCUCUACUGUCAAGUCCUGACCCUGAGACUUACUUACUUACUGCUGAGAAUACAGUAAGAGACAGAUGGGCUUGCUGCUGGGUUCAUGAACCUUGGCUUUCGUUUUCUAAGCAGCAGGAAUAAAAUGCCCUGGCCACCCAUCCUUUUCUGCCUACCUCCGCAACUGCCCUCUCUGCUGCCCCUUUUGUAGUCCUGGCUUCCUGGCCCCCACUUUUGGGGCAGCCCUAAAUGUGGGUGGCUGCAUCCUCUGCACUAGUCACCAAGUAGGCUUCCUGGAGACCUUUUCUCUGAUUGGGUAUCGAAGCACCUGCUUUUGUUUCCUUUCACAGUAGCCAUUGGCUUUCGCUGUCCUUUGUUUUUUUUUUCUGUAUCCUUCCAUCACCCACUCACCCCUUAACGACACGUGGACCCUCAAUUGCCCUUCUCUCGGGAUCUGAAGGGUCAGAGGAAAGAGUUGAAUUCUUUAUGACAAGGCUGGGGCUCGCGAGGCCAGGGAAUGUCAGUCUAGGUUUUUCCUCUUCCUCUUCCCUUGGGUAGCAGACAUUUCAUUCAACUGGCACCAGGACAGGUGUCUUGUUCUGCCAAGCUUGUCAGUUUAGGAAGUAGGUUUCUCUUGUGCACCUCCUGUGGCCCAGGUAUCCGCCCUGAAAAGGGGUAGUUUCCCUCCCUCACUUCCCUUUCAUUAUUGACUGCGUGAGACAUCCUUAGCGCAUUGUCUGACUGAGCGGUGUCUGAGGCCCUUCAGCCCAGCACCAGCACCCAAGUCCACGUGCAAGGAUGUGUGUGACACAGCCCUGACCUCAGUGGGGGCCAGUAGCCAAUCAGAUGCCAGGAAGAGAUCCUUAGCCAUCCGGGGGCGGGGCCUGCGGCUCUUCGGGCAGAAGGCCAAUGAGGGGCAGGGCCUGGCAUUAUGCAACCCGCCUCCCAGCCUCGCGGAGCUUCUGGGUUGCGGGCCGAAACGGCAGGCGGCUGGAGGGCGCUCGUACGGCCAGGUGCCAGUGAUUAAAUUAGUCAGUCCUCAGAGACAGGCGUCCUACCUCCUUCAUCCAGACCUCAGGAGCCCCGUUGUGCACCCGUGGUGGCGUCUUCACCUUCCCCAUUUUGUCCUCCACUGUAUGGCCCAGACAUGAGUGGUCCCCUAGAAGGGGCCGAUGGGGGAGGAGACCCCAGGCCCGGAGAACCUUUUUGUCCUGGAGGAGUCCCAUCCCCUGGGGCCCCGCAGCACCGGCCUUGCCCAGGCCCCAGCCUGGCUGAUGACACUGAUGCAAACAGCAAUGGCUCAAGUGGCAAUGAAUCCAAUGGACACGAGUCCAGGGGUGCAUCUCAGCGGAGUUCUCAUAGCUCCUCUUCUGGCAAUGGCAAGGACUCAGCUCUGCUGGAGACCACUGAGAGCAGCAAGAGUACAAACUCACAGAGCCCAUCCCCACCCAGCAGCUCCAUUGCCUACAGCCUCCUGAGUGCGAGCUCAGAGCAGGACAACCCAUCUACCAGUGGCUGCAGCAGUGAACAGUCAGCUCGAGCCAGGACCCAGAAAGAACUCAUGACCGCACUUCGGGAGCUCAAACUUCGGCUGCCACCAGAGCGUCGGGGCAAGGGUCGCUCUGGGACCCUGGCCACUCUGCAGUACGCGCUGGCCUGUGUCAAGCAGGUGCAGGCUAACCAGGAAUAUUACCAGCAGUGGAGUCUGGAGGAGGGUGAGCCUUGUGCCAUGGACAUGUCUACUUACACCCUGGAGGAGUUGGAGCAUAUCACAUCCGAAUACACACUUCGAAACCAGGACACCUUCUCUGUGGCUGUGUCCUUCCUGACAGGCCGGAUUGUGUAUAUUUCGGAGCAGGCAGGUGUCCUGUUGCGCUGCAAACGGGAUGUGUUUCGGGGUGCCCGCUUCUCAGAGCUCCUGGCUCCCCAGGAUGUGGGUGUCUUCUAUGGCUCUACCACACCAUCUCGACUGCCCACCUGGGGCACUGGCACCUCUGCAGGUUCAGGCCUCCAGGACUUCACCCAAGAGAAGUCCGUCUUCUGCCGAAUCAGAGGAGGUCCUGACCGGGAUCCAGGGCCCCGGUACCAGCCAUUCCGCCUAACCCCAUAUGUGACCAAGAUUCGGGUCUCAGAUGGGGCCCCUGCACAGCCGUGCUGCCUACUCAUUGCAGAGCGCAUCCACUCUGGUUAUGAAGCUCCCCGGAUCCCUCCUGACAAGAGGAUCUUCACCACACGACACACACCAAGCUGCCUCUUCCAGGAUGUAGAUGAAAGGGCUGCCCCACUGCUGGGUUACCUUCCCCAGGAUCUCCUGGGGGCUCCGGUACUUCUCUUUCUACAUCCUGAGGACCGACCCCUCAUGCUGGCCAUUCAUAAGAAGAUACUGCAGCUGGCAGGCCAGCCCUUUGACCAUUCCCCUAUUCGCUUCUGUGCUCGGAACGGGGAAUAUGUCACCAUGGACACCAGCUGGGCCGGCUUUGUGCACCCCUGGAGCCGCAAGGUGGCUUUCGUGUUGGGCCGCCAUAAAGUGCGCACGGCACCCCUGAAUGAGGACGUGUUCACUCCCCCAGCCCCCAGCCCGGCUCCGUCCCUGGACUCUGAUAUCCAGGAGCUCUCAGAGCAGAUCCAUCGAUUGCUGCUGCAGCCUGUGCACAGCUCCAGCCCCACAGGGCUCUGUGGAGUUGGCCCUCUGAUGUCCCCUGGUCCUCUACACAGCCCUGGCUCCUCCAGUGAUAGCAAUGGCGGUGACGCUGAGGGGCCCGGGCCUCCUGCUCCAGUGACUUUCCAGCAGAUCUGUAAGGACGUGCACCUGGUAAAGCACCAGGGACAACAGCUCUUCAUUGAGUCUCGGGCCAAGCCUCCACCCCGGCCCCGCCUCCUUGCUACAGGUACAUUCAAAGCCAAAGUCCUCCCCUGCCAGUCCCCAAACCCCGAACUGGAGGUGGCCCCUGUUCCUGACCAAGCCUCAUUAGCAUUGGCCCCUGAGGAGCCAGAGAGGAAGGAAGCCUCUGGCUGUUCCUACCAGCAGAUCAACUGCCUGGACAGCAUCCUCAGGUAUUUGGAGAGCUGCAACAUCCCCAGUACAACCAAGCGUAAAUGUGCCUCCUCCUCCUCCUACACUGCCUCUUCGGCCUCUGACGACGACAAGCAGAGGACGGGUCCAGUUCCUGUGGGGGCCAAGAAAGAUCCGUCGUCAGCAGUGCUGUCUGGGGAGGGGGCAACUCCUCGGAAGGAGCCAGUGGUGGGAGGCACCCUGAGCCCGCUCGCCCUGGCCAAUAAGGCAGAGAGCGUGGUGUCCGUCACCAGUCAGUGUAGCUUCAGCUCUACCAUCGUCCAUGUGGGAGACAAGAAGCCCCCGGAGUCGGACAUCAUCAUGAUGGAAGACCUGCCUGGCCUGGCCCCUGGCCCAGCCCCCAGUCCGGCCCCCAGCCCCACAGUAGCCCCUGACCCAACCCCAGAUGCUUAUCGCCCAGUGGGUCUGACCAAGGCCGUGCUGUCCCUGCACACACAGAAGGAAGAGCAAGCCUUCCUCAACCGCUUCAGAGAUCUUGGCAGGCUUCGUGGACUUGACACCUCUUCUGUGGCCCCCUCAGCCCCUGGCUGCCACCAUGGCCCCAUUCCCCCUGGUCGCCGACACCACUGCCGAUCUAAAGCAAAGCGUUCCCGCCACCACCAGACCCCCCGGCCUGAAACUCCCUGCUAUGUCUCCCAUCCUUCACCUGUGCCCUCUUCUGGACCCUGGCCACCCCCACCAGCCACUACCCCCUUCCCAGCAGUGGUCCAGCCCUACCCACUCCCAGUAUUCUCCCCUCGAGGAGGACCCCAGCCGCUUCCCCCUGCCCCUACAUCUGUGUCCCCUGCUACCUUCCCUUCUCCUUUAGUGACCCCAAUGGUGGCCUUGGUGCUCCCUAACUAUCUAUUCCCUACCCCACCUAGUUAUCCAUAUGGGGUGUCCCAGGCCCCUGUUGAGGGACCACCCACGCCUGCUUCCCACUCGCCCUCUCCAUCACUGCCCCCACCACCUCCCAGCCCCCCCCACCGCCCAGACUCCCCACUGUUCAACUCAAGAUGCAGCUCCCCACUCCAGCUUAAUCUGCUGCAGCUUGAGGAGCCCCCCCGCACGGAGGGGGGUGCUGCCACAGGAGGCCCCGGAAGCAGUGCCGGGCCCCUGCCUCCCAGUGAGGAGACUGCUGAGCCAGAGGCCAGAUUGGUGGAGGUUACCGAGUCGUCCAAUCAGGAUGCACUUUCAGGCUCCAGCGACCUGCUGGAGCUACUGCUACAAGAAGACUCUCGCUCGGGCACAGGCUCCGCAGCCUCAGGCUCCCUGGGCUCUGGCCUGGGCUCUGGGUCUGGUUCGGGAUCCCACGAAGGGGGAAGCACCUCAGCCAGCAUCACCCGCAGCAGUCAGAGCAGCCAUACAAGCAAAUACUUCGGCAGCAUCGACUCUUCGGAGGCUGAAGCUGGGGCUGCUCAGGCCAGGGCUGAGCCUGGGGACCAGGUGAUUAAGUAUGUGCUCCAGGACCCCAUCUGGCUGCUCAUGGCCAACGCUGACCAGCACGUCAUGAUGACAUACCAGGUGCCGUCCAGGGAUGCAGCCUCUGUGCUGAAGCAAGACCGGGAGAGGCUCCGGGCCAUGCAGAAACAGCAGCCACGGUUCUCAGAGGACCAGAGGCGGGAACUGGGUGCUGUGCACUCCUGGGUCCGGAAAGGCCAGCUGCCUCGGGCCCUUGAUGUGACGGCUUGUGUGGACUGCGGUAGCAGCGUUCAAGAUCCUGGCCACUCUGAUGACCCACUCUUCUCUGAACUGGAUGGAUUAGGGCUGGAGCCCAUGGAAGAGGGUGGAGGCGAGGGUGGAGGGGGUGGUGGUGGCAGCGGUGGGGGUGGUGGGCGUGAUGGUGGUGAGGAGGCCCAGACCCAGGUUGGGGCUAAGGGUUCAAGCUCUCAGGACUCUGCCAUGGAGGAAGAAGAGCAAGGUGGGAGCUCAUCCAGUCCAGCUUUACCUGCAGAAGAAAAUGGCGCCAGCUAGACUCCACUUUGGGGCCACUUACAGCAGACAAAUGAGAGGCUUCCUUUCAACCAUGUUGGGGUUCUUAUAACUCAAGAUACAGCUGGACCAACCAAUAGGAAACUGCCCCAGCUUCUCCCAACAUAGGGGGCAGGACCCCCAUUACCAGCCCAAGGCUCAGGAACUGCCUCUAGCCUCUUAGCAGAGUGGAAAUUUUCAGCCCAAUUUGGAGGAUUGUCCACUCCCAUCCUGCUGAGGAGACAGACGGUUCUUUGGUUAAGGUUGCUGACAAGCUGCUGAAGUGGUCUCUCCAAAUCCCAGCUGAGCCUGAGUCCCAGUCGCAGGGUUGGGGCUGCACUUAUUUAUUUGGGGGAGACAGCUCACUCUCCCACCUCACCCCAAGAUGGGAGGAGGGGAGCCUGGGAUCUGUGUAGGAUCCAGGUCCGUGAACCCCUAGCUGCUCCAGGGUGGGGGAGGUUGGUGGACCAUGGAGUCCCUGGUGCUGCCCCUCAGGUGGGACCCAGGUGUUCUCAGCUCUACCCUCUACCAAUGACAUUUGUGUUUUUGAUAUUGUGUCUGUUAUUUUUUUUUUUUAAUACAAAAUGACAAAAUGAAAAACCAAAAA